UGCAGAAUCGGGAGGCUGACUUUAUCGAGAAUUUCCGUGGCGCUCUUUUCAAGCGCUUCUGGCAGAAUUCGACCAAUUUUCGGCGCAGGCAGUUAUAACUUAUCCUAGUAUCCGUUUUCCGUAGAUGCACGCAAUUUGCGUUAGUUGAAGGCAGUUGAUCGCUAGGAUUUUUCAGAUUCGAAACGAUUCGAUUCCAUGCGCAGUAAAGUAUAAGUGUAGUAUACGCGUUUCUCAUCUCGCGAGAGAAAAUUGUGUGUCGCGGACAAUAUUUAUACAUAUAUGUGUGAUCAACAAUGAGCUCUAUAUCAUCUCUCUCUUUCGAAACCGAGUUCAAUGGCAGGACGAGCGUCGGCGGUCGAGCCACGACGAGCAAUUUUGCGCGGGGCGCAAGCGACGACAACAACAAUCGACCGGAUAAAACAUCGGAACGUCGCCCGCGCUCGAACGCCUCGACCAAGGCCGCCGAAGCCGCGACCUACGAGAACGAGUCGAUCGACGAGAAUAUCCUUAACUGCAGCAGUUGCACGACCUCGUCGCCCAGCAGCGUGAGCUGCCUGAUCGAGCGGAUGAUUCGCAGCCCCAGCGGCGACACCCAGAGCGACACACUGCCGAUCCAGCCGACGUCGAAGCCACGGAGCGAACGAAGAGCCGCGGAGUGCGUGCAGAUGUCCUCCUCCGGCCCGCAGCAGACCGAGGACGAUUACUUCGUCGUGAAUUUAGCCGGUUACCAAUACGAAGAUUUGGGGAUGGAUGCGAAGUUGAACGAGUGGAUUAAGGAGGUCAAGAGUAAUCCCGUGAUGAAACCUUCUAGAGCGAGGUCACAGAAACUGCUUAAUGCAGAAAAAUUAAAUCUUCAAGACUUACAAAUCCAAGCGUAUGACCAUUUUUACAAUAUUUUAUGUAAAGUCCCACAACCAUUAUUGGCAAAUUUGCCAGGUUACGAUGCUGAAGUAUUUGAGCGUCUCAAGAUUCUUGUAAACAAUAUAAAAGCUCGUGUGAAGCAAACAAAUAGCAGAAUACUAAAGUACAACGAUGAUCAUAUUAGUCUUUCAUCGGAUUCUCAAAGUUCAAAGCCUACUUACUCUGCAUCAGCAGAGCUUAUACUUCCUUCCAAAAAUGCUCAAAAUUUAACUUUAAAAGUAGGAAAUGGAAACAUUAUUAACAAAUCUGUCAAUACUAUUGGCAUUAAUAACAAUUGGAUGAAUGGAUCAAAAACUCAAAUUGAAUCUUUACCUACAUGCACAGCAAAAACUUCUGUGGAAAAUAAAAAAAAUAAUAUUCAAAGUAAUUAUAAUAAAUUUAUCGAUGAAGAUAUCUUGAAAGUUGAUCCAAAUGAAUUAAUAAAGAAAGGUUUCUGUUGGAAUGAUUCAGAAGAAUUUGACGAUAUACUAGCUCCUGGGGUAAAUAAAGAAGCAGUUUCAAAUAUUUGUGCUGCUCAAACAGUCAGUUUUAUUGGUAAUGUAAAAGAUGAUGGUAAUGAUCCCAAUUUUAAUAAUUUUGAUUUUCCUCACAGUCGAAAUUUGCUACAUUUAUUCAAAAAUAAAUUUGGAUUACAUCAGUUUCGUCCAAAUCAACUUCCAGCAAUAAAUGCUAUAAUAUUGAAUUUGGAUUGUUUCAUUCUGAUGCCUACAGGGGGUGGAAAAUCUUUAUGUUAUCAAUUACCAGCUCUUUUGGCACCUGGUAUAACAAUUGUAAUAUCUCCUCUGAGAAGCUUGAUAUUAGACCAAACGCAAAAACUAUCUUCCCUUGAUAUUCCUGCAGCAUAUUUAACUGGAGAUCUAAAUGAAGAUCAAGUUGCGGAAAUUUACCACAGCCUCAAAGAUGAUAAUUGUGAUCUCAAAUUACUCUAUAUCACUCCAGAAAAAUUAUCUGCAUCCAGCAAACUUGGUACUACGCUGGGACAACUUUAUCGCAAAGGUCGACUUUCAAGAUUUGUCAUUGACGAGGUUCAUUGUGUUAGUCAAUGGGGACACGAUUUUCGUCCAGAUUACACAAAACUUCGUGUGCUCAGAGACAAAUUUCCUAAUGUUCCUAUUAUUGCUCUCACUGCAACAGCCACUCCAAGGGUCAGAAGUGAUAUUCUAAACCAACUACAUUUGAAUUCCCCCAAAUGGUUUAUAUCAAGUUUCAACAGACCUAAUCUACGUUAUACAAUUAUGUUAAAAAAACCAAAAUCGCAAUUUCAACAAGUAUUAGAAUUAAUUAGAACAAAAUUUCAAGGAGCCAGUGGAAUUGUAUACUGUAUAUCACGAAGAGAUUGUGAUGAGUUAGCUAAAUUACUGCAAGAUAGGAACAUUUCAGCAAUCAGUUAUCACGCUGGACUUGAAGAUAAACUCCGAACUGAGAGGCAAAUGCAUUGGGUAUCUGAAAAAGUUAAAGUAAUUUGUGCAACAAUAGCCUUUGGAAUGGGCAUUGACAAACCAAAUGUACGUUUUGUCAUUCAUGCAGCAAUGCCCAAGUCUAUUGAAGGAUACUACCAAGAAAGUGGCCGAGCCGGUCGUGACGGUGAGCCGGCCGAUUGUAUACUACUGUAUUCUUACGGUGAUAUUUAUCGCUAUCGAUUCUUGAUGGCCGAUUUGAAGUUGUCAAAUCCCCAGGCUUAUGAUAUACAUAUGGACAAUUUGUAUAAAAUAGUCAAUUUCUGUGAAAACCUAUCAGAUUGUCGACGAGUUUUACAACUAAAUUACUUUGGUGAAAAAUUUGACCGUCAGCAGUGUAUUGAAAAUAUUACUACUACAUGUGAUAAUUGCAAAACUCAUGAUCAAUUUGAAAAUCUGGAUGUUACGGAAGAUGCUCGUGACCUUAUAAGAUUGAUACAAUCUCUGGACAGUUUGAAAAAGUAUAAUGUCACGCUUUUACAAGUGGUCGAUAUUUUCAAAGGCUGCGAUGUAUCGCCAUUCGCUUACAAACUUGGCAACGUUUAUAAACCAUGGUAUGGUAAAGGAGAAUCACUAACGAAAAAUGAAGUUGAAAGAAUAUUGCACAAUUUGCUAGUGGGAGAGUACCUUUGCGAAGUUAUGCUUCCAAACAAUAACAUUAUGACUGGCUAUGUAACUGUAGGAAAGAAUGCUCCUGAACUGCUCAAUACAAAUAACGUACAGAUAUUCUUACAAAGAAAACGAGCCGUAUCGGCACGCAAGACGAUUGUCGUGCCUGCCACCUCAACUGCACAAUCUGAAACGAAUGCUGAACUGUUGCAAAUAGAGAAUCAAUGUUAUACCGAGCUAUGCACAAUGGUAAAUGGUAUCGCGGGUGCCCUUAAUGUUUCAGCCAAUUCUAUAAUGAACAUUGAAGCUCUGCGAGUUAUGAGCAAGCAAUUGCCUAAGAAAAAAGAAGAUAUGCUUCGUAUACCGCACGUAACUAAAGCUAAUUUCGAAAAAUACGGAAAAGCUUUGUUGGACAUAACUCAGAAAUUCGCGAUAGAAAAAGAAGGACUGCUGAAGUUACCAAAUACAACGUACAAAGAGCCUGUUGUUAACAAUACUAUUGUGAUAGAUGAUUUUAUUGAUGAUACAGAACUAACACAACAAAAUUGGGAGGUCGACACCGAGUGGACGCCAAACAGGGCGUACAAUCCACACCGGCCGUAUAAAAGGUCGAAUUACAGAAGCCACAGGAGAUCCAAAAAGUUUAAAUACGAUAAUUUUACCAAUUACGUUUCUACGCCGAUGAGGAAUUAUUGCACUGGCCAAACACCAAGUACAAGCACAAAUAAAGCUUCAUCUUCUACUCAAACAACUUUCAUCCCCAAGCGACCGACAAAAAGUGAAUACUUCACACAAAAAAGUAGUAAACAACCUAGUAAAAAAUCUUCUGGCCCUGGAUUAUGUACAUUAACUAAAAAAUAGUUAUGUGACUUCUAUAAAUAAUCUCUGGUUAUGAUGUAUUUUAUUAGUAUUGAUAUCUGUUAAUUAAUUGUUUCAUUGUUUACCUUUCAACGCUAUUGAAUAAUGUGUAAUUUACUCACU